UCUGAGGCAGAUUCAAUUACCAUGUGUGUCCAUGUCACAGGGGUCAACUUUUGGCAUUCUUCACAGAACUCUGGAAACAAAGGGAGGAGGGAAAGAUGAAGUGAAAACUGAAGAUAGAGGAAAUAAGAAGAGUGCAGGCAGAAGAGAUGAUGACAAAAACACAAGAGAGGGGCCUCCAGCUCGCACUAUCUGCGGAAAGAUGAAGCCUGUUGCUCUUUCUGCCGUCUAAUCCCAAAAUCUCCUAUAAUUAGGAUGAGUGAGAGCAUGUUGCCUGACUUAAGGCAGAGUCUAUGUAAAGAUUUGGACGGCUUCCUCAAGCUAUCGGGUGGCAACCUAAGCGGUCAAGCAGAGCAUUAGGACAGGCAGGGGGAAGGCAGCAGCUUCUCUCAGCUUCCCUCCGUGUGGGAAAGUCUGUUUAGUCUACAGCAAGACUCUACAGCAGGAAGUCCCUCUGGAGAACGCAGGAGGGAUGCUGUGAGUGUGGGGCACCAGAGGACCAGAAGAACCCAGCAAAACUUCUACUCUACUGAGAAGACAUCAUGGAGCCCAGACAGCCAGCAGCUGGGACACAAGCUUUUACAUGAUGGAGCUUCUACAUGGUGUGUGAUCUCUGGCUCAUAGGAGCCAGAUGGCUGAGGCUAAAGUCAUUGUGCAGGAGGACCCCAUUCUGGGCGAGGGUCCAGACGAGGAUGCCUCGGAAUCGAAUGCUUCUGGAUAUGACUUGGACUCUGGGAGUUUGCUUUCAGACGACUCCGUCCUCCCUGAUUAUGAGCGGGAGCAGGACAGUGCAGAGGGAACGGCCACCACCCUGUACCAGGCCUGUGCCAAGAACCAGGCCUCGUCCCUGCGCAGAGUGCUGGAGCGAGGGGUCACAGAGGAGGAAGUCAUGGAGCUGGACAUCAACGGCAGGAAUGGAUUGAUGCUGGCCGUUUCCAAAGGAUUUGUGGAUAUUGUGUAUGGGCUCAACAAGUGUCCACACAUAGACAUCAACCACCAAGACAAUGACGGCAACACGGCCCUCAUGAUUGCAGCACAGGCAGGUUUUGUGAAUAUCCAAAACUUCAUCCUCAACUUCUUCUCGGGAGUGGAAACUGAGCUCAGGGACAACCGUGGCUUCACUGCUCUUAUUAAAGCAGCCAUACAGGGAAACAAUGACUGCGUGGCUUCACUCAUCAUGGCAGGGGCUGACGUAACUGCAGUGGAUGGAACACGAGGAAAGGAUGUGAAGGAAUGGGCACUGAAGACAGGACACUUUGAGACUUUCUGCAGACUCAGGCAGCUGGCGAGUCGGCCCUGUGCAGAGCAGUUCUGUGAAAGCUUUGUCCCAGAGUGGCCAGAUCUGAAAGAGCUAGUGGCCAGGGCCACAUCCACGAAAAGUGCAGGGCAAAAGGUUGCCCAUCGGCUGAAAUCCACCUUCACUUUCAACUUCCCGCAUGACCCCCAGGAAAACGGUGUCCUGGACCACAUGGUGCGCAUCACCACCAGCAUACACAGCCCCUUGGUGGUCACCGGCUGCCGGCCGCUCUGUCCCACCAGUCCACCGGAGAUUGGUAAGAGACGCUUGGCUGUGCCUGACCUAUUGGCAGAGAACCCAGGCAAGGAGCUGGAGGGACAAGCAGUACGCCACAGCAACGGCUCCAUAUCCUCAGCCUCCACUGCUGUCAGUUCGACCUCCUCAGUGGCGUCCUUGGCCUCCUGCUGCUCAGACACAGAGAGGCGGGGCAGCAUGAUCUCCAUAGCCUCCAACGGUGUCCGCAGGUUCAUCCCGCGCAGCAUGGCCCGUCGAAACAGUGUGUUCCCCUCAGGCUGCGUCCCUCAAAUUAAAGUCAUCAAGUCCGGUGAGCCCACGCCCAAGAAGGAGAAAAAGAGGAAGAUGACUAAAGGUUACCUGGAGCCCCCAGUUUGGAAGUACAAGGAGGCCAAAGAGGAGAAGAAGAAGGAGAAGAAACGUCUGGAGAAGGAAAAGGCAGAAAAGGAGAAGUCGGACAAAGAGUCCAAGAAAAAGGGAAAAAAGUAAUGAGUCUGUCAAUUGAUUACAGACAUGUUCCCAAAAAAGCAGCAGUUUAACAGCAGACAAAUUAGCAGAAGGUGACAGAAAGCGUGCUACAGACACUACAUUUUUACUGCAGCUGAAGAGACUAGCAGCUGCUAAAAGGACUGGCAGCAGCUAAGAGGACAGGUAGCAGCUGAAGAGACUGGCAGCAGUUACAGAGAAAGGCAGGAGCUAAAGGAACUGGCAACAAGUAAUGGGACAGGCCAAACCUGAAGAGACUGGCAGCAGAUAAAGAGACCUAUUUGAAGCAUAUUUGAAGCAGCUAAUGCCAGGUUCACAUUAUACAACUUUCAAAAGCCCCAAGAUCAAUUUAACCUUAUAUUCCAUGACUUGUUUCCCUAUAAUCAGGAAUAUUUUGGUUGUUGUGCAUUGCACACCGCAUGAGUGUUCAGUGACACAAGGUCACAAACUGCAAACUCUAUUACCAGGAUAUUUCGUCACAAAAACACACACAAGAACUUCCAAAGAGUUCCAAAAACCUACGAAUUUUGACAAUGAUCUUAAAACGUAGCCAGCGACUCAGAAAUAAGGACUAAACUCAGGUAGUGUGAACCUGGCAUAGAGGAACAUAGCUGAUAAAGGGAAUGGCAGCACCUGAAAUGACAGGCAGCAGGUGCAGAAAGAGACUGGCAGCAGCUAAAGGGACAGGCAUCUUUUAAACGGACAGGAGUCAGAUAAAGGGACAGGCAGCAGCUAAAGGGACAGGCAGCAGCUAAAGGGACAGGCAGCAGCUAAAAGGAAAUGCAGCAGGUGAAGGAAGUUGUGGUAGCUAAAGGGAUUGCCAUGCCACUGGCCAUAACUUAUUUUGCCCUGAAAUAAGGCUGCCAACUUUUAUUAACUAUAAAUGAUCUAAUUCUUUAACAUCAUGUAAUCAUGUUUUUUCAGUCGAAAGCCAUGCUUACCUUGCUUUAGUAAUUUUCCUUUUUUGAAUAAGCAAGAGAAAGCAUAAACAUCCUUUGGCAGCAUUCUAUUUACCAAAUCUGUGCUGCAAGGAAAUUGCACAAAAUGUCCCUUUGGCAUUAAUGAAACAUUUCUUUGACUAGAAGAAGUGAAGACUAAAGGGAGUUUUCCCACAGAAACCAAUGACUCUUUUACAUUCAGGUAAAAUUGACAAUGUUCUUGUCCUUUGAUUCACAUAUUUUAAAGACAUUUUUGCUGUUUGUCUCAGGGACUAAACUGAUAAUGUUCUGCAGUACAUGCUACUAAGCUAUGAACUGCUAUGAAGAGCACUCAAGGGACACUUUUGAUCAAACUAUCUAUGCAAAUGUAACUAUUAUGCAUCUUUGACACCAGAAUGCAACCAAUGGCUUUUGUUGUAUUUUCUUGACCUUGAGAAAAAGCCAAGCCAAAUGUGUACAGGUGUGUACAGCAUGUGUGUGAGUAUGCUUGUGUGCUUAUGUGUGUAUGAUGACCUUUUGCUUUAGAGAAGAAGAAUAAAGAACAUCAAUUAGAAGAUUUAAAAAUAUUUUCUUUAUUGAGAGACUCCCAUUAAAAGUGUCCAUGGAAUCAGUCAGUCGGUAAAGCCGUCAUGAGCUUGUUAAAGAGAGACUAUAAUAGAAACACUAAGGGAAGAAGGGUAAAAGUAGAGGAAGCCAGUGGUCUUUAAUCCAUUAAUUGUACCAAGCUUAUGUAACUUACUCAAUCUUAACCGUGAAAUCAGUUGAACUCAUUGAACUCACUGAUCAUACAGUACUAUAAUAACUGUAGUCCUGUAUCUGUUUCUCUGUAUACUUAAUUAUCCUCCUUUCACACUGCUAUUCAAUGGUCAGGACCCCACAGAACCACCAGAGAACAUGUCUUUGGUUGUGAGUCAUUCUCAGCACUGCAUUGUGGUGAUAUGGUGGUGGUAUGUGUUAGUGUUUUGUUGUGCUGGUACAAGUGUAUCAGACACAGAAGAGCUGCUGGAGUUUUUAAACACCUCAGUGUCAUAGUUGGACUCCAUAUUCCACCAACAGCUUCCUGUGGGCAGUGUCCUGUGACCAAUGAUGAAGGACUAGAGGAUGACCAACACCCAACACAAACUGUGCAGCAACAGAUGAGCUUCUGCCUCUAAUUUUACAUCUGCAAGGUGGAGCAUCUAGGUAGGAGUGUCAAAUAAAGUGGGCAAUGAGUAAACAUAGUGUUUAAGUCAUAUAUUAUUCAUGCAAGUUAGAAAUUGUCCCACAUGUAUUUAGGUGUGUGUGACAUCUAAUGACCUCUGCAGGACCACUCCAUUCUCAGCAAGAGUAUGGAGUAGAGACAGAUCCUUAACAAAAAGGGGCCAGUUUGUUCCAGCCACAAGGAAAUGAGAUACCGUCUAGUGAUGUUGAAAGACCUCGAAUGCAAAAAAAAAAGGACC